GGUUGCGGAGUGAUCUAAUAAAGUCUAGACGGGAGAAAGCAGGACAGCUGACAACACGGGAAACCCUAAACACUAGCUAAUCCGGAUCUUGCUAAGUUACGCUACCUCAACUUUUUAUACCAGAAAAACAUCUUCAACAAAGACAGAAAGGAUGGAGAGAAAAGGUAUACCUACGAAGCGAUUCCUGAAUAAGCCACACAUCGCCCGGUGUCUGGGCAACAGCACGGGCGUGCAUGCCAUCGACCCCGCCACAGGAAGGAUGCUCACGGCCAAACUCCAGCACAACCGGCAUAAGCAUCCUCCUCACAGCAGUCAUAUUAAGUCCAAGCCUGACCUUAACACAACCCUGCCAGUCAGACAGACCGCUUCCAUCUUUAAACAGCCUGUAACCAAGGUGACAAAUCAUCCAACCAACAAGGUGAAGACAGAUCCGCAUAAGGCUCUUGAUCAGCCAAAACAGUUGUUCUGGGAGAAAAAGUUGAGUGGUCUCAAUGCCUUCGACAUUGCAGAGGAGCUAGUGAAGUCCAUGGAUCUUCCCAAGGGCUUACAGGGUGUCGGCCCUGUGUGUUCAGACAGGUCCCUAAUUUCCGCCAUUACCAGUGCACUUCACACCAGUCCUAAGCCUGUCACAGGACAGCACACAUCCGCAGUAGAGAAGAAUCCAGGAGUGUGGCUGAACACCACACAGCCACUCUGCAAGGCCUUCAUGGUGACUGAUGACGAUAUCAGGAAACAGGAGGACAUGGUACACAACGUGAGGAGGAGAUUGGAGAAGGCCUUGAUGGCGGACAUGCUGGCUCACUUGGAGGACAAAACGGCUGAAUCGAAAUCAUUAACAACCAGCACCACCAUGGAUGUGGACGAAUAGCACGCCUUCAGAUGAAAUUCCCAUGAAAAAGGAUUUUUUUUUCCAAGGAGUUGCAUGGAAAGGGCCAUUCUCUUGCGUAGAAAGGACUUCAAACGACUGCAACCAUCAAGAUUUACCUCAGACUUUUGUAACGGUGAAGCUGACAUUUUAUUCAAGAUAUUCCGUUUUUAUGUUCAAUUUAUUAUUCCUUUUUAAUUUUAUUUUGAUAAUAGAUAAUCUAUCCUUGACCGGAUAGUUGCAGUUCAAUGUUUUUUGCCAGUCCCAUUUUAUUCCGUUUACCUCUAACCAUGUUUCAGAAUGGUGGCAGUUACAGAUGGUGCUCAACUUGAUGCUUUCUUGGGGAACUCAAGCUAACAGGAGUUAUGUGGGGGGAGACUUUGCAUUGUAUGUGAAUGUUUCAGUUAAGUGUGAGCUGAAAAGCUUGUUUAACGGUUCUCUCUCCGAAUGUCUUGCUGUUUAACAACCUUCUCCGGCAAGUGUAAGUGCCCUUGAAGUGUUUAACUGGUAUGUUUACGUGCGUGUAGCACUCCAGUUACUGUGAAUAAGUGUUUUGAUGUGAUGAUUGUUUAACAUGUUUACACGGGAAGAAGUUGUUUUUCUUUACGUUUUUUCCCUUUCUUUUCGUCGUGCCCCAAAACCUGUUUACACGGUUUUAUUUUGUGUUAAAAAUGUAUUACUGUUGUUCAUUUUUAUGGGAUAAACCAAACAUGCUUGUAAAUGUACGAUCAUUGUCCCUGUAUAAAUUAAACGGGGAUAUAUAAUUUG